AUGCAGAACCUGUGUUCAGACCGAAAAGACCAGUCCCUUAUGUCGAAUUUAUUGGUAUUGACCAGGAAUUUCAACGUCUUCAGUGAGAUGGUGUUCUUCGGCCAAAUAAUUAUUCUGCAUGGCCGCACCAAUUGUGGCUGUCAAGAGUGUCACAAAGUCCGAAUCCGUGUUGAUUUCUCCACUGGUCUUAAUGCUGCGCUGGAUAGGCAUCAGUAUCCCUUGAUUGUGCCGGAAGAUAUUUUCGCUAGGCUGAAUGGCGGAACUUGUUCCGCUAAGCUGAAUCUAUCCGAUGCAUACCUCCAAAUCGAGGUGAACAAAGGCUCCCGGGAUCUUCUAACCAUUAACUCCCAUCGUGGUCUGUUAGGUUGUGGGGUUUAA